CUCUGGUCUCGCUAUCUCUACAGGCGUAUCCGAAACCGUCGAAAAAGACGGUAAUUAACGUGUUUUCGAGUGAUUGUUUGCAGAAUGCGAAUGUUGAUUGUUUCCUGCUGCCUUGCCCUGCUGGUGGCACUGGCCACUGCCGAGGGCGAGAAAGUUUCAGCGGAGAAGAACGUCGCAGCGGACGAGAGAAGCGCAGAAGCUGAGCGCCAGCAUGUGAAGCGUGACCUUUCGCUCGGCGACUGGAAUGCCCUGCCACGCUUCGUGGAGGAACAUUCCCCGAUCGCGGAACACCAUGAGGCUCAUUUCCAUGAUCAGCAACAGCACCAGCACCACCCCCACCACCAGCAGCAUCAUUUUGAGCAUUUUCAACCAUACCAUCCUCAUCAACAUUAUCAACAUCAUCAUCAUCAUCAUCAGCAUCAGGAGCAACAUCAGCAUUAUCACCAUGGGCCACGUAUCAUUGAGGAACCCCUGAAGACGAUUACGAUCGAGAAGAAGAUCCCCGUACCGUACACCGUGGAGAAGCACAUUCCCUACACCGUCGAGAAGAAGGUCCCAUACCCGGUGAAGGUUCCGGUCCCGCAGCCAUUCUGGGUCGAGAAAAAGGUUCCAUUCACCGUGAAAGAGUACGUUAAGGUUAAGCACUACGUUCCGGAACCAUACACCGUGUACAAGAAAGUUCCAUAUGAGGUGAAGGUCCCAGUCGACAAACCAUACAAGGUCGAAGUCGCCGUCCCAAAGCCCUAUAUCGUCGAGAAGAAGGUCCCGGUUGAAGUCAAGGUUUCGGUUCCAGUUCCAUACACUGUCGAGAAGAAGAUCCCAUAUGAAGUCAAGUAUGAGGUUCCAGUCCCCAAACCGUACACCGUCAUUAAGAAGGUCCCAGUUGAGGUGAAGGUUCCAGUCGAUAAACCAUACAAGGUCGAAGUUGAGAAGCCUUACCCAGUGGAGGUGAAAAAGCCAUACCCAGUUGUCGUCGAGAAGAAGGUACCUUACGAGGUGAAGGUUCCAGUCGAUAAGCCGUACAAGGUUGAGGUGCCCAAACCAUACAAGGUUGAGGUUAAGGUCCCCGUUCCAUCUCCGUACGUCGUGGAGAAGAAGGUCCCAUAUACUGUUGAAAAACCAGUGCCCUACCAAGUGAAGGUUCCAAUCGAUCGCCCAUACCCAGUGUACAAGGAAGUGAAGUUCCCCGUUCACAGGGAAGUACCAGUGGGAAUCAAGGAGAAGGUAUUCGUUCCAGUAUCAGUGGAGCCCGAGCAUCAUGAAGAACCAAAACACGUUCACCAACUGUCGCACACCCAUCAACAUUACCACGCAUCGGAACAGCAACACUUGCAUGAACAACAUGCCCAUCAGCAACAGCAACACCAGUUACAGCAGGAGCAUGAUCUGCAACAACAUCAUCAGCAGCAGUACGAACAAAAUCAACACGAUCUUCAAAAGCACCAUCAGCACCAACACGAUCUAGAACAACACCAUCAGCAGCAACAGCAGUUUGAACAGCACCAGCACGAUCUGCAGAAGCACCAUCAGCAACAACACGAUCUGGAACAACAUCAGCAGCAGUUCCAGCAGCACCAGCAGCAACUCGAACAGCACCAACAUGAUCUGCAGCAGCACUAUCAGCAGCAGCAUGACCAACAGCACUAUGGUCAGCAGCAUCAAAUCCAGGAGCACACCGAGCACCAGCAUCAGGCUCAGGAACACCAAAACCAGGAACACUUUUCCCAUGGACAUCACAGCCAGGAGCAGCACUAUCAACACCACGCGCAUUAUUGAACCUCGGAGAUCCAAAGAGCGACCUCAUGACAACCUUUAUGUGAUAAUAAUCUCCACAUUCUAGCGGUAGUAUCGGGGUUUCUUGGAGUAGCCAAGCUAGCCAAGAGCCAAGGGACUGAGGGCGCGGAAAGGCUGAAGCUUUAAGGAAAAUCCAACGUCGCUCAACAGCCAAAUUCGUCCCGUUCCGUUGAUGUUCUUAUUGUUCAGCUUUUUCUAGUCGAAUGAACGAGCCAAUCCAUUUUGUUAUGUUUGUAAAAAAACGCUUUUUUGUUCGUUGUUGAAUAGUGAUAUAGUUUGAUAAAUAUAUAAUGAUUUGUAAGAGGA